AUGGUGCAAAAGAAGGUUGCCGCCGCCAAAGUGAAGGCCGAGGGGUCGAAGUGCUUGGCUUCGCGAGUCGAGGGGGAGGAGAAUAAGGCAAAAGUGAUGAACGACUUCAACUACAGAAUCAAGAGUGCACCGUCCGCAGCUCGCCAGUUCUACAAUAAACAUCUCAAAUUCUCGAAAAUGAACAAUCCCGAGAAGAGGAAAUUCGUAGAGGAAGUGAUUGCAGGCAACUUCGAGUCCGAAUACUUUCGCAGGUUCGAGAAGGUGGCCAAGGUCGACACCAACAGCGAGACGGGAACGUGGAUGAGCUGGAAGCAGAUCACUGACCUCGACGGCGAAGCGUUGGUGAAUGUGCAGAUCCAGCAGAAGACGGUCAUCACGAGGCCGCACAGCAAGCUCGAUGCGGAGGCUGAGAGCACCAAGUCCCUUCCAGAGCACGAGAGGCUGGAAUACAAGAAAGUUUCGGAGGUGGAGUCUACGCUGACGUCUAUAGAGACAGGCGCGACGCGCUCUACCGACGCUGUUCCGCCAGAGGAGGACGACGACGAUCCAGAGAGGGACGAACAUAACAAGAAGUCGAUGUCGGUCAUCCGCAAGACCCACAACGCCCACCAGAACGCCUCAAUCGGCAUCAAGAUGCGGCUGGGCAAGUACAAGGACAACAGGUACGUCGCGGAGCUCUACAGCGAAUCGUUGGCCAUGUGGAAGAAGAUGCAGGCGCACGACAAGAAGUUGACGAAGUUCUUGGAGUCAGCAAUGGCCUCAGAUGAGCCGAUCGCGCAGGCUGACCUUUCUAAUUGCGAGUCCAUUGCGAGGGAGCUCGACGAUGUGAAGAAAAAUCUCAACAAGAAGUUGAACGUCAUGGCGUCGGUCGAGAAGCAGAUGGCCCCCAAGACCGCUGACGCCGAGGCCAGCAAGACGGCCGACAGCUGA